AUGGAGGUGCCACCGUCUGUGGAGAUCACCGACGGGCAGCGCCUUGAGACUGAGCAGCUGCAGGACGAGAGCAGUAUGGAUGGAGUACAGCAGACAGGGGAGCAGCAGAUUGGGGAGCAGCAGACAGGGAAGCAGCAGAGUGGGGAGCAGCAGAUAGGGGAGGAGCGGAUUGAGGAGCAGCAGAUGGUGGACCAGCAGCUCGGGGAGCAGCAGACAGGGGAGCCGCAGACAGGGGAGCAAGAGAUGUGGGGAAUUAGAGAUGGUGGUCGUGUGUUGGUUUCUGGGACGACCACUGCACCAGUGCGUCGCUCCACUCGCAUCACUCGUGGUGUCCCGCCUAACGCAUUGACGAGGUCUGGUGGUGUUAUGUCACUGCAGGAGAACCAACCGAUCUCGCUCAUCUGCAACCAUCAUGACCCGCAGUGGAUGGACAACAUCCGUUUCUUCCUCCACCACGGCGGGCUCCACUCCCUUGACCUCACCUUCACCACACCAGAGCACGUGGACACCCUGGGCCCCCUCAUUGCACGCUCCAGCGCCUCCCUCACAUCCCUGGGCCUCGAGUUGCAUGGUUGGCACAUAUGGCAGGAUCGCAAGGGGUUGGGCUUCCUGAAAGACUGCUUGCAGCUGCAGCGGCUGAAGCUGGGUCGGGGCAAGUGGAAACUGAAUGGGAGUUGUGCGAAUGCAGCGUGGGUGCAGUCGCUGCGCAGUCUGACCCUCACAUACAUGCAGCACAUUGAAUUGGAGUAUGAGUUUCUGGACGCCAUCACGCCGCAGCUUACGGAAUUUACUCUCUACCAGGUCUCCCACCUCCUCCACUCUGGCACCAUCCGCCACAGUUUCAGUUUCUCCAAUGCACGCAUUCUCCGCUUCCUCUUCCAGGACACGAAACUCUUUUUUUCUCUCAACCUCGCAGCCUCCCUCACAACCCUCUCUGUCAUGGGUGGCUUUGUCGAGCUCACCUGCCAUUCGGACAGCCCUUUCGCUCUCCACCAGCUCCUUCUUUAUGCCCGUUCCGAACUCCGUACCUCCCUCCUCUGCUUCGCAUCUGUCAAGGUCAUCUACUUGGAUGCUCAUGCCGAUUACCAGUCCGUGUGCCAGUCCCUCCAAGAGUUCUCCACCGACCCACCUUCACAGGACAUUCCCAGUGCCAGCUCAGAUCGCUCUUGGAUGAGCUGGCUCCACACAGUUGCACCUACAGUGGAGGUGCUUAUAGUGGAGCAUGUGGUCCCUUUCACUGAAAUGAAUGUGGAGUGGCAUAGCCUGCGCAGCCUUGGGAUUGUCGUGCUGUACUCGGAGGGUGGGGAGAUUGAUAAGGAUCGGGAGACUUCCGUGGAGGGCGUUUAUCGUUUGAACACGCUGGAUGAACGAGAAUUUGACGAUGGGACUGGAUAUGCCGACGAUCCUGACCCGGACGAGCUGAUGGGCCCUCCUUCCAUCAAGGCCCCAAACCUGGAAGCCCUCUUCUUUCCAAGUGAAGGCAAGAAUGGUGGUGGUGGUGGUGGUGGUGGUGGUGGUGGUGGUGGUGGUGGUGGUGGUGGUGGUGGUGGUGGUGGUGGUGGUGGUGGUGGUGGUGGUGGUGGUGGUGGUGGUGGUGGUGGUGGUGGUGGUGGUGGUGGUGGUGGUGGUGGUGGUGGUGGUGGUGGUGGUGGUGGUGGUGGUGGUUUUUUUGGCAAUGCAAGAUACACUAUAGCAGCGCAUACAAGCAUGAACAAUCGUAACUGUAGCCGAUGGGCCUAG